AUGUCAACAACAGAGAACACAACAACAGUUAUAGUCCAUGAAGCUAUAAAUGAAGAAUACGAGUACAUACAGUUUAACAAACAACUCCGUCUCAUUCGUUCGGUCAAAGACGAUAUGUACCAAAUGCAAAGUAUUUUGAACGCUCUUCAUUCUACAAAGCAAGCAUAUCAUUGGUUUGAAAACCAACAGACAAAAGAACUUUUAGAAGAAUUUCCUCAUAUGUUUGCUACCCUCGGAAAACCGAGGGAAGAGAUUCCAUUCGAAAAUCGCAAGAAUUUGGCUCCUUGUUUGAAAGGAUAUUAUGUUCAUAGACUUUUAGUAAAUGCCGUAGCAAUGUGGGCUUCACCUCGUUAUGCUUGUUAUAUUUUCAUGACAUUUUGA